GAAAAGUAGUUUUGUCUUUGUUCUCUGAUCUCUUUAGGCUCUUUCUCUCUCUGUCUCUCUCUCUCUCUCUCUUCUAGGGCAUAGGCUUAUCUUCAAAUACACGUGUGGGUUAAGAGAGAAAGAGCAUUAUGUGAAGUGGAAGCAAACUGGCUUGUGUCUCGUACACAUAUGAUGAUUACCGUGUGAGUGAAGAAAAAUGCAUCGAAAAAGACAAGAUAGAGUCAAAGACAAGACGACCAAACCAUCCUUUCUCUCAUCCGAUGUGAGGCCUGAGGCCUAAGGGCCGAGGGAGGGGGAGGUCCCCCUCCAAUCCGUUUUCCACUCUACCCAUCAACCAACAGACACUCUCUCACAAUGCAUUUCUCACAAAUAUUCAUAUUUUAAAGCAAACCCCACAACCAUCACUAUCGUCAUCACCAUUACCACCUCAUGAAGCCUUCUCUCUCUCUCUCUCUCUCUCUCUCUCUCUCUCCCUGAUGCAACCAUCAUUUAACUAUAUAGCUUUCUCUGAUCUCCAUCAAACAAGUUAAAAAGACAAAGGCUCCACUAGAUCAGAUCGAGACCCAGCAGCAAUGAGGAAACCUGAUCCAAAUAUGGGAAAAGUCAGAGUUAACAAUAACAAAAUCAAACUGAGGAAGGGAUUGUGGUCACCAGAAGAGGAUGAGAAACUCAUGAAGUACAUGUUAACCAGUGGACAAGGGUGUUGGAGCAACAUUGCUAGGAAUGCAGGUCUGCAGAGGUGUGGCAAGAGUUGUCGUCUUCGUUGGAUAAAUUACUUGAGACCUGAUCUUAAGCGUGGCGCCUUCUCUCCCCAAGAGGAAGGGCUUAUCAUACAUUUGCAUUCCAUCCUAGGCAACAGGUGGUCCCAAAUAGCGGCUCGUCUUCCAGGAAGGACGGAUAAUGAAAUAAAGAAUUUCUGGAACUCCACCCUAAAGAAAAGAUUGAAAAAUAACACCUCCACAUCCUCAUCACCCAACAACAGUGAUUCAUCGGAGCCCAGAGAUGUUGUAGGAGGGAUUUUUCCUGUGUAUGAACACGAUAUCAUGACCUUAUGCAUGAACUCAUCUUCAUCAUCAAUGGUUACAGCAGGCAACCAAUUCGAUCCUUUUCAUCUGCUCAAUAACCGUUAUAAUAUGACGGAUGCGCCCGCAUGCUUAACACAAGGUGGUAUGGGAGACACAUUUUAUGGGGAUUAUUAUGGGAUUUUAGAGCCUGGAAAAAUAGGGUUGGAAGGGGACUUUUCUCUUUCUCCACUUGAAAGUAAUGCUGCCCAUAACAGCAUUGAUAUGAAAAGCAAUAACAACCACUACAAUAAUACUUGCUUCAACAACACUGAUCAGAGCUUUAAAGUAGCGGACAUGUUUGGGUUAGAAAAUCAUCAUUUGCAAGGAGAAAACUUAAGAAUGGGAGAAUGGGAUUUAGAGCGUUUGAUGGAUAAUAUACCUUCCUUUCCUUUACUUGAUUUCCAAGUUGAAUAACUGCUUACACGUAUAGCCUCUGCCUCUAUCUUUCAAAUCUACCCAAAGCCACAUAUAUAGGAAAUUUUGGGCAGAUAUUCAUUUUCAGCGUCAACAAAAUCAUACUUGAAGCCUCUCGUUUACUGCCAUUUCUCCUUGCCAUCUCAGAAUCUUCAUUUUUUUCUUCUUUAUCUUUCUUGUUUCUUCGUAUUACCUUUUCUUUUUUGGUUUCUUUUGAACUUGAAAAUUCAUAUAUAUACCGGAUCUUCCAUAAUUUUGACGGUCUGGGAAUAAACAUAAAUAGGUGAAGAUUAGCAGAGCCGAAGAUUUGUUGUACGUACGUAAUAUUUGAGUUUCAGCACGAGGCACUUUGUGACUUGAUCGUUCCAUUAUAAGAUAAAUGUGAAUAUAUAGUGAUACAGAAAGUGAGAGAGUCAAAAAUAAAGAUUGUAGUUUAAUUUCAUGUAAAAAUUAGGGGGAAUAAUUUGAAGGUGGAGGUUGUUAUUAGCAGCUAAGAAGGAUGAAUUUACGUUAAUAAUGAGCAAAAUAGAAAUGCUCUCUCUUUUCCAAGUAUGUAAAAAUAAAUG